GUAAGAUCGCGCAAGCGAAACGUUUUCGAUCUCGUUGUGCUACAACUUUAAAAUAGUGUUUCUUGCAACAUUUAUACCUUAAUGAAUUGGAUAUCACUGUAUAGAAAAAUUGAUACGCAUUAUGCAGAUGCUUAUAUUUUUCGGAACAAUAUACCUCAUAUGUAUCAACGGAAUUGCUUCUAGUUCAGAUGAAAAUUUGUCUCAGACAUCACAAUGUAUACAUCCGAGACACUAUGAUAUUUUCUUAAGCAUAGAAAACGACAUUCUUAUUGUCUAUUCUACUGUCUUCCUAAACGUGUCAUGUGAACAGCAGUCUAUAAGACUACAAAUUGGUUAUUAUUGUAAUAUACAUGAAAUAAAAAUCGAAAAAACAUUUCCGUAUACCACGCCUAAUUCUACACUUUGGGAAGCUACUACAUUACAGUCACAUAGUACUACUCGUCAAUUAAAAUAUGUGGAAAUUAAUCUCAUCAAACAAAAGUGCACAGGCCAUAAAUGUUCUCUUAGAACAACUGAAAAACUACGUAUACAAUCUGGAAUAUACAUGAUAUGGGUAAUACACAAGUGUAAGUUAGAAGAAGUUGCGACUGUUUUCACAUACAGGAACGAAGCCAAAAUGAAAGAAUUUCUACUUUUACCGCGUAUUCCCAGUAAAUGGAUAUUUCCUUAUUGGGAAAAUCCAGCUACCAAAGCUAAAUUUACCAUUCAAAUUAAACAUAAAAACAAUGAAACAGCUCUAUCAAAUAUGCCUGUUACGGAACGCAAAAAUUAUGGAACAAACAUGAUAAAUACAUUAUUUAACACCACACCUUUAAUAUCCACGCAUUUGGUAGCAGUGGUUGUUGUACCAAAUGAUGACAGCAUUAUAUUAUCGGGCGAAGGUCUUAUUAAAAAUAAAAAUCAAGCGAUAAAUGGCACGUCAUAUGCACAAUCUCUUAUUACAGAUAUUAGCAAAAUUAUGCGACUGCAUAUCCUCCCAAGGGAACAUCAUACUAUGUACUUAAUACUUCCAGUAAACUUUAGUUACUACAAAAGUAUUGUAACUACUGGACUUGUUUUGUUCAGUGAAGAUAACAUUAUAUACGACAAACAAGUAGAUUCUAUUAUAAGAGAAAGAGAAGUAACAUGUAUGAUAGUACGUAAUGUGCUACAAGAAAUGUUUAGCGAUUGGUUACUUAUGUUUAAACAGUCUGAUUCUUGGUUUAUCGAAGGAUUUUUAACAGUAUACGGAGUUUAUUUUCGCGAUCAGUAUUACAAUACAUCUUUACUAAACUCGAUUGUGGUUCAAACGCGACGGACAGUUCUUGAUUAUAUUGAAAUAGUUAGAUAUGAUCCUCCGAUUCAAGAAAACUCAGACAUAUUACAAAAUUCAACACUUGCUAAAUUAUGGAGAGAAAAAGCAUUCGGUAUCUUCUAUAUGCUUACUGCUAAUACUGUAAUUGUACAAGAUUCUCUAUAUACUUCUUUAUUUACUGGAGCCGUAAACCUAUAUCAUAACACGAAAAAGAAAUCAAACAACACAUACAAAAAAUUCUCAAUUCGUAAUACGUUACGGCGUAAGAAUUUUGAGACGAUGUCCUUAUAUACGUUUCUAUUCAUGAACUCGACAGAAAUCAAGAAUAUAAUAUCUUCAUGGACAGCAGAAAUUGGUUAUCCUGUAGUACACAUAAAACGGAAUAGUACAUAUCUGGUGGAAACACUUAUAGAUUGUUUUGACGUAGAUCACACUAAGCCGUGCAACCGAAAAUGGUGGAUACCUGUGACCUAUAAACAAAUACUAAACACAAGUGUUUCCAUCCAUCGCCAUGUUCUAAAACCAGACAGAAGAAGAUUUGAUAUAUUUCUUCGUAAUACAAAUGAGUUUGUUAUUGUCGAAGAUCACCCAGGAUAUCGCGUUAACUAUGACCUUCAAUCUUGGAAACACAUUGCUCUUUUCCUAAAAAACAAAGGAUCUAAAAUCGCAAAUUUGUCUGACGUCACUUUAGCACAACUGCUCGACGAUGCCUUUUAUUUUUUGCUACAAAAUACAGAGUAUAACGAAAGUGUUUUUCCAGAAUAUAGUAACCUAGACACAUAUCUUGAACUUGCAAGCAGUAUAUUUAAUGGAAACAAUUCCUACACAGCGUGGUAUCCUAUAUUUAUUGCUCUUGAAAAAAUGUCAAAAAUGUUGCCGUUCCCAGAAAGUGAUCUUUCGAAAAAUAUCAAGAAUAAACUCCUGAAAAUGUUGAAUAACGUUCUUGCUGGCAUGAUGCGUACAUAUUUUCAAAUACAUGAUAACAAUACUCAAUUGUAUCAUGAAGUUCUAAAAUGGACAUGCAUUCUUGGUGGUUUAAAGUGCAAAGAUCAUGUUACUGCAAUACUAAACUGGCAUGUUAAAUAUCCUGCACAAAACAAACUAUUGCCAAGUUGGCAGAAAUGGAUAUAUUGCCAAAGAGUAAUGUUCGAAACUGUCACUUUUAAUACGUCUGCUUUGUGGCAAACAAUAUUCAACACAUACCAGACCCAACAAAAAAAAGAAGAAUUCUUUGAAUUUUUACCUUGCUCUAGACAGUACGAGGAUCUGUAUAACUUUUUCUUGUUACUUAAUGGUACCGCUUUAUCAAGAUUUGGAGAUAGUUUAAAUGCAAGUAAAAGUGUUACUGUUACUGUGCUUUUCACUAUUUUUUCUAUUCAUUCAAAAAAUGACUCAGCGCUGGAUAUUAUACUACUAGGACUAAAAAAUGGAAUAGGAAGGAAAGUGAACAUACUAGCAAUAAUAAAUUGUGUUAUUAACAACAUAUAUUCAGACGACGGCCUGUCGAUGAUUACUAACGAAAUGUUCUUGAACACACUGCUGCAUAAACAUCACAUUUUAAAUAAACAAUUUCUUAUCGAAGCCAUUAAAAAAAAAGUUGGAAAUCGUCGUAGUUUCUUAUUUUACGUAAAAAAUACAGUUCGGUGUAUACCCUACUAUGUUUUUAAUUACAAACACACCUCAUCAUUUCUAUACGCUUUCUGCACAUAAGUUCUCUUUCUAUGAUAAUGAACUUUUUGUAAAAAAACAAAAAAUUUAGCUACAACAUUAUUAAGUCGUUGUGAUCAAAUUUGUGUUUCUCUUGUUUAAAAACGUUUUAUUUUAUAAUAUCAAAAUUAUUUUCUGUUUAUGAUUAACUUCCAAAAUACACUUUUUGGAAA